CCUCGUCCAAUAGAAUUGGCGCGCACUGGGCCGGGCGGGCGGUUGCGAGGGGGUGGCGGGAGGUGGAAGGGGAGAGGACGAGGUGGACAAGAGCGAGCGCGAACGGCGAGGACCGCCGGACGACGAGCACGACCACGACGACAACGAGGAGGAGGAGGAGGAGGAGGAGACCGACCGCGCGUGGUGGCGACGACGAAGACGACGGUGGCGUCGACGGUGGUAACGAGUGACGGUGAACGACGGUAACAGUGGCGGUGGCGGCGAUAACUCGCGAUAGCGGUGGUCGUGGCGGUGAUAACUGCGACGACGACGGCGGUGGCGACAGCGACGGAGACGACGACGACAACGACGACGACGACGACGACGACGACGACGACGACGGUGACUGUGACUGUGACGGUGACUGUGACUGUGACUGUGAUCCGUGAUCGGUGGCGUACGCCGUACGUCUUGUUCGUGCGUGUGUUCGUGCGCGAGUGCGGCUGGUGGGCUCGCGUUGUUGUAGCCAAGAUGAAGUCCGACUCGAAACCUUUGUUGACAGCUCAGGCGGAGAAGGCGAACCAUUACACAUACUUGAAGGAGUUUCGCGUCGACCAGUGUCCCCUCUUUAUCCAGCGAAAAUGCACGCAGCACAGGCCGUUCACGUGCUUCAACUGGCACUUUAUGAACCAGCGGAGACGCAGACCGGUCAGGAAGAGGGACCGCACCUUCAACUACAGCGCCGACAAUUAUUGCACCAAGUACGACGAGACGACUGGCAUCUGCCCCGACGGGGACGAGUGUCCGUUUCUGCAUCGUACCGCGGGCGACACGGAGAGGCGUUACCAUCUACGCUACUACAAGACAUGCAUGUGCGUCCACGACACCGACACGCGUGGAUUUUGCGUGAAGAAUGGCCCGCAUUGCGCGUUCGCGCACGGCAAUCACGAUCUGCGCCCACCCGUGUACGACAUCAAGGAGAUCCAGGCGCUGGAGAAUCCAGACUCGGACCCAAACUCCUCGUCGAACGGGCCUAACAUACUCGACAAAGAGCGCAACUUGAUGAACGAGGACCCGAAGUGGCAGGACACGAACUACGUGUUGAGCAACUACAAGACGGAGCCGUGCAAGAGACCGCCGCGGCUCUGUCGGCAGGGUUACGCCUGUCCACAAUAUCACAACAGCAAGGAUAAGCGGCGCAGCCCGCGGAAAUAUAAAUAUCGCUCGACGCCAUGCCCGAACGUGAAACACGGCGAGGAAUGGGGCGAGCCGGGAAACUGCGAGCAGGGAGACGCGUGUACGUACUGCCAUACUCGUACGGAGCAGCAGUUUCAUCCCGAAAUCUACAAAUCUACCAAGUGCAACGACGUGCAGCAGGCAGGCUACUGCCCGCGUGGCGUUUUCUGCGCCUUUGCGCAUGUUGACCGUGAGUGUACACUCAUCAAUCAAGAAAUGAGCCUGGCGAGGGAUAUGGCGGUACCUAUAGAUUGCGGGGCGAAUCUGGCCGACAUACUCAGCAACGCUCUUCCUCCUGACAAGCGCUCACACGAAAAAGACAAACCACUCAGCGACAGCAGCAAUGGAAGCGGCGAGGUCUCGGAAUCCGCCAGCACCAGCAGUUUAGGUAGCAACAGCUCGCACAGCAAGGCACCAGGCGCUCAACUGCAUAAUUCCAAUAAUACCAAUAAUUCUGGUGUAAAUGCAGCUGCGCAGCAAAAACUUACAAGCAUACUUUACAAUCCCAGUUCUCUCGUACAAGUUAAUGAAAUUCGGAAGCAAAUGGUCGCCAUUGACAGUGACCCAUUAUUAACUAAAGCUGAAAAGGCCCAACAGAAACAGAGUCUCUACAUCGCGUACAAUUUGAAUGGAACAUUAGGUAGUCACUCAUUAGCAACUACUGUUUCACCUCUUUCAAAUUCGUUUUACUCAAAUGAUACUGUGGAAUCUGUAGUAGGAAAUGCAUUAGAUGAAUUACAUUUAGAUGAUCCAUUAAAUUUAGUCGAUUCAAUUCAUAGGGAUACAAAUUCACCAAUUAGCAAUUCAAUAUCGGCAGGCCUAGCUAGCUCCGGUCUACUCGGUAGCUCGGCCCCGGUCAAUAUACCGGGCAUGGCUGAACGGUCAGUUCUUACUAAUUUCUCACCAUCGACGUCGAGCCCACUUCAGCAAUUACAGACUGGUUUUCUUACCGGAUCGAGAUUCUCUCAUCAAGAUUCCAUGGAAUCCACAUUGCCAUUUAUGAAUCAGAUAUCAGAUCCAUUUAGUAAUCACAUUUCGCAACUUAGCAGCUCGGCUUCUAAGCUUAGUGGAUUCAAUAGUAGUUUAUUCGAUUUCGCGAACCAAGGAAUGUCACCGUCGCGUACGCAACCUACUCUACCAGCAUCUCCAUUGGUCAAUGCAUUUUCCAUUAGUCCAAGUAACACAGGAUCGUUGUCUGAGGUACAAAGGCUUAGAGACGAAUUGUCCUCGAGCCGCGCUCAAUUGGCGACAUGGGACGAGCGUAUUAAUCAAGCGCGCGCUGCUUGCGCGGCGUGGCAAUUGGAAAGUGAGGAAGCGAAGAGAAAAGCGACUAUCGCUGAACAGCAAAGGGACGAGAGAAUGGAUUUUUUGCAGGCUUUGAAAGCACUCAGGGUCGAGAAUAAGGCGUCCAACAGUGGCCCGUAUCUUCAUUCAGUGAGAAAAAUAAGCGAACUCAGAAAUCUAUCGAUAGCCACCUUAAAAUCAAUUCAGUCGCAAUUGCGUUCGGAUCUUGAAGAGGUGGAAAAGGUACUGUACAGAGAAACGGCAACAAAGUGCAUGGUUUGUGAGGAACAGAAUCGUACGGUUACUCUAUCCUGCAAUCAUUAUGUGGUUUGCUCGACAUGCGCUCCGAAUCAACGCGAGUGCCCUUAUUGUCAAACUCCAGUUGUUUCAACAAGUUAGACCUGAAUCUUUCCUUAGAAUCCUGUUGCAAUUUCCGCUUAUCGUCUGUUAAAAAAAAAGAAUGAGAAGGCGAUGACAGCCACAGACUUUGAAAAAAUAUCAUGUGAGUAGUAUCAUGAUUUCGCAAGGACUUGUAUUUUUACUCUGGUAUAGUGACAAAACUGAGAACCUGUUUUCUUCUACCGCGGUAAGCAGAAAGAAUCCGUUUGACUUUAUGAAUACGAUUGAUUUAUCGCCAAAGUAAGAAUGAAUAUGAUAAAAUCUUAAUGUAAUUUUAAAUUACAUUUACAUUUCUCUCUUGAUAUAUAUAUAUAUAUAGAUACAUUCAGUGAACAUCACAUUUUAAAAAUGUAACGCUCUUUAAAAAGUAGCGUUAUUAAUCCUAAAAACAAAACAAAGAUGUUUUAUUUUAUACAUAAUUCAAGAUAAAUAUCUAGCAGGGUGUUAAUAACUAUACACAUUUAGCGUUUACAAACGCAAAUAUAUGCGGGUUACAGAACGUUUAGCGUGAGAACAAUAUAAUCGCAGUUGUGGACAAAGUUUCGGGACCUCGAAAACUAUAUAAUUGUUUAAAGAAAAAAUUAAUAAUAUUAAUAAACGCAACAAAAGUAUCCUCCACUUACAUUAAAAGAAUGGGAGGAUUUUUUUCUCGAUGGUUGAGCUGUGAAACGUAUGUCACAGAAAAAAUGAUAUUUCUAUUAUAUUUAAAUCUAUAUAUUUAAUAGGAUUUUCCAAUUGAUUCGUACUGAAUGUAAUAAUAUAAGUAUUAACAAAUUUUAUAUUUUUCGUUGAAAACCUAAUAUUGAAGAUAUAAAUAUUAUAUAUAUAUAUAAGAGGUACAUAUAUAUAAAUAUAUAUUAUAUAAUUUCUAGGUUUUUAUAUAUCUAAAAAAUAACAAAGAUUUCUCGUAUAGUUAUAAAAGAGUAUGGGAGUUUACAAAACAACCGAAAUAGAUAGCGCUAAAACAAUUUUAUUAUCUAAAAGGUAUUAUAUACAUAUAUAUAUUAUUUGUUUCUCGUUUUUUUUAUCUAUCGGUGUUACUGCCAUUUGUUUCUUCUUAUUCUUUUCUAUUUGUUCUGUGCCUUUUGUCACAUUCUUUAGGUGUAUCGAUACAGUUUGUUAAAAAACAUUUACACUUCAGACACAUCGAAGUUAACAAUGAUCAAUAUUUUUAACAAUUUUACAUAAAAUACGCUUUUUUUCACUCGGUAACGUUUGUAUGUUUCGUACUUUUUGUAACACAAUUCAAUUUUUAGGUCUUAAAUAUGCUUUAUUGUGUACUAGUAUUUGGAUGGAGUUCUUAGAGGACAUUUAAAUUAAAUAGUGUGUGAUAGUAACGAAGAAGUUAAUCUUCAAUCAAUUAUUCAAUUAUUCACAUCAUAGAUUAUUGAACCAAUUAUCCUCAUUUCGUGUUGUAGGCUUUUACAAUUGUAGAUUGUAAGGAUGUUAGAAAUACUUAGGAUUUUUCAAUUUAAUCAAAAAAAUAACUCAUAUAAAUAUAUAUAUAUAUAUAUAUAUAUAUAUAAAUAUAAAUAUAAAUAUAAUUCAUACACAAGUCAAACGUGACAUACGUGUUACAGUUCAGUGGCAUGCUAGAAGUAUGCUAAUUAAGACGUGUGAUGCACGUCUACGUACCCGGCUCUAUGCGUAUAUUCAUUUUAAAGAUGUAGUUGUUAAACUCUGAUAAAACAGAAUGACUAUACACUCAUGAUGAGAAAUAUAUAUAUUGCCUAAGAUAUAAACAAUUAUAGAAUAGAUAGGACAGCAUUAUCAAAUUUUUUCUUCGUAUAAACAUGAAAAUGUUACAAUAAUCAAUUUUAAAGACUACUUUUAUUUAAUAUACAUAUAUAUAUAUAUAAUUACCAUUUUUUGAGAAUGUUAAAAUUUAUUAAACUCGAGUUUAAUACCCCGCACAAGACAUUUAACAACACUUUUACACGACUUGUAAGACAUUUACCUGUUUACACAGAAUUAAUCUUCCGCGAGAGAUAUAAUCGAGAAUUUUUUAUUAUCUGUAACACAAAGGGGUAUUGUAGCAGGUAUUUACUUAAUUGUGAAAUUUGAUGACAUUCGCAACAGUACUAGUUGUUAUUGUUUUUGCUUUCUCGUUUAUUUUUUCCCCCCUCUUUCAAUUAUCUUCAUAGUUUAAUGUCAAAAAGUGAGGCCAAAAAAUAAAUGAACGUUUUUAUUACGUCAGUUUUUUAUUACAGAUUAUUAAUAUUAAAAUAUAAUAGAUGUUAUUUAAAAGAAAAAAAUUACAAUUUUCUCUAUUAUGGUAUAUAUGGUCUAAAGAUUACUGUUUUUUAAAAAUUAUGCUACAAUAGGGAUAACGUAGAAAUACAUACAUAAGAAUUAUUGAAAUAAACUUUUCUUUGAUGUGCUUUACAUUCUUAAUUAGAUUGAGGAUAUAAGAAGCAAUUUUAGAAAAAUAGGGAAAGUCCGUUUUUUUUAUUAGAAACAUAUUUAAUAUUUACAUAGAUAAUAUUCAAGUUUUCUCCUUUCAUUUCUUCUGUCUGAUUCUUCCGGUUGAUGUUACGCGUGGUCUCAUGAGAGAGAUCUCACCUGAUAAGUAGACGGCAUAUUUUAAUUUUCUUAGAGGCCGCAUAUACCAUAACACCAUUUUGAAAAAAACUAUUUAGAAUUUAAGAGAGAAACAUUAUAAUAAUGCAUUUUUUCUUGCUUUUAUUAAAUGCAUUCUUUAUAAGUACAGGAAAAUGUUACAAUAUUGAAGUAUAUUAGUUUUUUAUAUCCACACUUGGCAUAUUUUGACACUAUUACGUAUACGUAAUUAGUAUGCAUAAUUAAACAUUAGACUUAUCUAUUUAAAGUAAAGAAUAAAAUUUCAAACAAAAUUAGUACACUAGUUUAAACAUCUCGGCUUCUACAUGGCUAAAAUACCAUGUGAUAGAAAAAUAAUUAUCUCAAUUGAUAGGUCUACGCGUCUAUAAUAAUUGAUAAAACAAUCGUGUUUAUCGUAGUUUACCAAAUCGUUGAAAUUGUUGAGAGGGUACUUAUAAAGAAUGCAAUUUUUUUUCAAUAAUAUUCCGCGAUUGAACUUUCUUCCGCAGUAUUUGUAUUUAAGGCAACAAUGUUACAAAUAAUGGGAUCAUAUCCAAGUCAUAGCAGUUCUUUGUAUACGGCGAAAUACAAAAGAAUCUUUCAUUUUUGGAAUAAUCGGAAGAAAGUUACGAUUGCGUUACAUUUAACGGAACGUUUAGAAAUGAUAUUCCUGAAUAAUAGGGUUAUAUGAAUAUUAUAAAUAAUUACAAUAUAUUGUACUAUUUUACUUCUAUAACAAUUAAAUAACACAAUUUAAAAAAUAUAUAUUAAGAAUAUAAAUUAUUGUGAAAGCAACAAAUUUAGCUACAAAAUAGAGUAAUAGGGAAGUAACAAAAUGGAUGAUUAGCUAUUAUAUAAUAUUAUCGUGUAACAAAGAAAACAUACAGUUGAAUAUUUAUAUACUACUAUCCCCGUUGUUGGUUUCAUUAAUUAUCUCGGGCGUUUUUGAGCAUUUUCACGUACCAUCGUUAUAUGCUCGAUCAUUAUCUGUCAUACUUAAAAAUCAAACGUUUAAUUAGAUUAAUUUAAUUGGUUCUUAUUCUAUCGUAUAAAUGAAGAAACGUAUUGUAUUGAUAGUGAAAAUGUAUAUCGAGUAGCAAAAUUGCAAGUCAUAUAAGUAUUGCUGAUAUUAGAGACAAUGCUCGCGACAUAAAUUAAUUUUGGAAAAACAAUUUUUAAAUCUCAAGAUUCUGCUGAAAUGCGAUCUCUGAAUUUAGAGCGUAUUCAAUGUGCUUAUUUCGAUUGCACAAAGAAAACCAACAAUAGGGCAAAUUAAAUUGAACACUAUAUUUUUGACAAAUUAUAAUAAUACAACCAAUUACAAACGUUAUACGCUCUGUCCUGUGCGAAUGAUUCUUCCUCUACGUUGUAAAUUAAGUCGGACUACACAUUGUAAUUUUGCAUUUGUUUGUGGACACUAGUUGAAAAUAUUAUGAGAUCGCCUGUCGCACUUUGCUUAUUUCGCGCGGAGCGACGGGCGGAUGGCGAUUUUGAUAACAUCGGGGAGGAAUUAUCAGCACGGUUUAGACGAAAAAAUACAUAAUCACUAAACUAUUGUAUAAUAAUGAAUUGCGUAAAUUGCGUAAAAAUUGUAAUAUCUAAAGGAAAAUUGCUGAACAUUUAUAUCACGAUUUAUAACUAAAGGUACUUGCUAUAGACCUGUGUCGUUCUUAAUCACUCGUAAUUUUGAUAACAAUUAUUGCAUUUGUUAUUUUGAUAGUGGCAUGGCUGAUCCUUGAUAUUAGAUAUCACGAAAAUCAUUUUAUUUAUUUAUAUAGCGAGAUGUGUGUUCUUGUUUGCAAAAAAAAACGUUUGCUCAAUGUCCGCGAAGCUUUUCGGACAUUCCUUAUUGUUCCGCAAAAACCGACGUGUUAUCAGUGAGAAUGUAAUCUGCUGUGACUCACAUUAUGAUGAUUAUUACACAGUUUAUAAUUCUUGAAACAUUUAUGUUAUCGACUUUUUAAGAUAUUUCAAAAUUGUCUAGAUUUAUAUUUAUCACUUUUCUAUAUCAGUUUCAACCAAAUAAUCAUUUAGUUAAUUAUAGAACAUUACGAUAUUACAAUAUAUUAUUAAUUACGUGUUGAGUUUUACUUGAGUAUACAGUGAUGAUUGAUGCGCGAUUUGCGUUUUCAGGCUUGUUUGUGAAAAAUACGAGAUAACAAAUGGCUGUACGACUGUGAUCACGCUUACAGUUAGACUGAAUCUCUCGGUAUGCCACUUAUCAAACAUGUUUCCCUUCGAAUUGUAAAAACUUCUGCCACGAGUGUGCAAUGAUGACGGAAAAUUCUUACGUUGCUUCUAUGAUACGUCGAAUGUACAUUAAAAUCAAUUUCAUUUUAACUCAUUGUAAUUUUUAAUUAAGUAGAUUUGUGUUUUUAAUGCAUAAAAAUAACGCUUGUACUAGUAAUUACUCGCUCUACAUUUACUUUGCUCAGGCUGCUUUGCUGGAGAAAUAAACUAAAUAUUUUAACAAUUAAAAUGCAUUGCAAGAUACAUGUCUUAGCAUAGGAAUAUCAGAAUAGAAUGAGAAUUAAUGAGAAGCCACGCAACAGUCAUUUGCACCCUCAUAUUUGUGAUCGUCAAUAUUUUUUAUAAAAGUUAGAGAAAAAAAAAGAAACACUUGAGUCAUAAAUUUGUGGACGCUCGUCUCAAAAGAAAAGCAAACGUAAAUUGGCCCUCUAUAACAUAGCCCGCAGUGGUUUUUUGCAUUAUUUUAUUAUGGACAAGACAUUUCAGAUUAAGCGAGAGAAACGUAAUAGCGAUUUGCAUGAAAAGAACACUGUGCAUGCAGUGCCAUUUUUGACAGACUUAUGAAAGUAAUAAAGUUGCGUUCUGCGAGAAGUGAACGUGAUCUGUUAAUGUUUCUAAUUUCUGUGGCUAAUUCCGCACUUUCAGGCCGGGAAAAAACGGAAAAAAUAUUUUGCUAAAGUAAUUAUAUUCUUCGGGAUUUUAAUUUGAUUAAAAGCUGGUAAGGGGCAAAAGCGCUCUUCAUUGCUCUCGGCUAGUACGGAAUUACAUAUAGAAAUGUGACUCCUUUGAAAUUUUUUACUAUUUUUGCAAUAUACGGUAAACACCCGUCUUCCGAUACAGCGUAUAAUGUUUAGGCGUAGCGCUUGAGACCGCUGAGCGUUGGAGGUAACGCAAAAUAAUAAACGUGUUUAAACAAAUCUUAUAUUUGUAAGCUUGAGAUAUAUAUUAAACAACAUAGGCAUUGCGCUCGCUCUCUCUCUCUCUCUCUCUCUCUCUCUCUCUCUCUCUCUCUCUCUCUCUCUCUCUCUUUCUCCUCCCUCCCUCUCUCUCCCCCACUUUCCCCCCCCCUCUCUCUCUCUCUCUCUCUCUCUCUCUCUCUCUCUCUCUCUCUCUCUCACACUCGACUUCGAAUACGCUCGGCGGACGAAAGCAGACUCAAUAUAUAUUCAUAUAUUGUGUAACUUUUGGUGUUUAAAAGCAAUGUACUUAUAUACGUUAAGCGGUUAAGGUACUAAGUAUAUAUAUUUUUGCGGGCUAUUGCGUGAACGAAUUGUAUCUAUUCUACUUCUUAUACUCACACGGUGUCUGUAACAAUCGAUAAGGAAUAUCCGAGUUAAGAAACGAGAGUCGUAAAAAUGCAAAAGGGAAAAGAAAAUUUCUUUUGUUCGUGCAGACGCAUUCGUUGCUCUUUCACAGGAUGAAUGGAUAAUUAUAAUAUAUCGUAAAUCUUACUCAAUGUACACGAUGUGUGUGUGUGCAAAGAGCUCUCGCGCGACGAAGUAAGAGAAGAGUGAGAAAUGGCACGGAUUAAAACAAGAACCGCAUUCUCAAAAUAAUCGUACAAAAUGUUUACGAUAAAACGAUAUCAAGACUGCUAUAAUUUAUUGUCGCAUAAGCUUAAUUCCGUAAUGUCAGGUCGCAAAAUUACGUUGGCGCAA